AUGUACGGCGAUUUUGCUCAUACCCUAGACCUGUACCGUGUGAAUGGCCUGACAGCUGACGAGGAUGGACGGUGUGAGUACCACGGAGCAACGAUCGACAUGACGAAUUGUUCCCUGGAGACGUUUGGUGCAGACAAAAAGGUCAUGCCUGCUGCAUAUUGGGUCUCGUACUUCUUCAAUCAAGAUGAUGAGCCUAUCGACCGGAAGGUUCAUGUAUUGGUGGUGCUCCCAGACGCAGUGGUUCCACGUGUAGCCCCCGCAGAUCCCAACAUGCCCCUCCAAGUGUUGCGAAGAUCAAGGAGGGGUCCAAUCGACAAUGGCCCUGCUGCCCAUAACACCUCGUCGAUUGCAUUCGCUGAGGUGACGUGGUCGCAAGUGCGGAGGGUGUUUCAGCCGACACCGUACAUCCAACCAUACAAGCCCCUGCCCGAUGCACAACUUGCCUCGCUAGCCCAAUAUCUGUCGGUGGCAUUGAAGUGCCUCGAGCCGAUCACUCAUGAGAACGACGCUGCCCGAGUUCACGUGGUCGCCCCGAUCCUUGUCUGCGUGUGCUCCCUGUUCAACGGCGACGCGAAGAUUCAAGUGGACGAAUACGUCAAGGGGGUAUAUGUCAAGGCGCACGGGGAGUUGGAGUUUGUGCUUCGACGGGGGGACAAGACUGUGUGCAUUACGACGGUAACGAAAGACAAUAUGUCUGCAGGGAUGGCGCAUGUGUUGCUGGGGUGUGAAGUGCAGGCUGAACUUGGCCACCUCGACCAAGUGUUUGGGAUUGUGACCGACUGCCUCCGAUGGAACCUUCUGCGUAGCUUGAACGGCGUGAUUGAACUUGACGAGUGUACCCUGGCCGUUGGGCCCACUGGUCCCGACUUGGCAUCGCUUGGGAUCAUUGCAGGCAAGAUGUACGCCAUGCUGUCGGAUGAUUAAGCAGUAAUGGAUGUAUCUUCGUUGUGA